CUAACUGCAGUGUUUAGUUUGUGUGUGUGUUUUACUUUCUAUCACUUCCACUUCUUUCCAGUAGUUGAAAUGUCCAAAAGACAGAAUCCUGUGUGUUCUCUGUUGUAGGCAACGCUUUUGUGUGACCUGAUUCUCCUUUACCUGGACAGUAAAGCCAGUUUCUACUGGGAGUGUAAAUAUGAAGAGGCUAAACCACCAAAAGGCCAACAAGCGGAACAAUCUACGAUCAACAAUGAUGAAACAUCCACUAACAAUGACUGAAUCAGAACGGAUGUUUUCUAAGGCCUUAGCAAUCAGUUGAAACAU